GCAAGGUUGCUCCGAGAUGAGGAACAGAUCCAUGGAAGGCGCUGACAUUGCUGGGGAAGAGAUGGGUACUUCUUGAGAUGGCUAUAAAUGAGACAUCACCUAUGUGAUGAUCGUAGAGUAAAAAGGCGAUCAAAAUGCAAAGUGCUCCGCUGCUAUUCUCAGCCGCUAAAAGGCUAGAAGGCAAGGUGGCCUUGAUCACCGGCGCAGCUAGCGGCAUCGGCGAGGCCACCGCCAAGCUCUUCGCCCGCCACGGCGCCAGGAUCGUGAUCGCUGACGUCCAAGACGACAAAGGCCACGCACUCUGCAGCGCCCUCGGCCCUUCCGUUGCCUCUUACGUCCACUGCGACGUCACCAACGAGUCGUACGUUUAGCAGGCCGUUGACGCCACCGUCUCCCACCACGGCAAGCUCGACGUCAUGUUCAACAACGCCGGCAUCAUCGGCGAGCCGUGCCUGCGGCUCCUCGAGUCGGAGAAAUCAGAUUUCGAGCACGUGGUGGCCACCAAUCUGGUAGGGAGCUACCUGGGGACGAAGCACGGGGCGCGGGCGAUGCUGCCCGCACGCCGGGGCAGCAUCGUGAUCACCGCGAGCGUGGCGUCGGUGAUCGCGAGCAUAACGCCGGUGGCAUACACCUGCUCCAAGCACGCCGUGCUGGGGCUCAUGAAGAGCGCGGCGCUGGAGCUGGGCCAGUUCGGGAUACGCGUCAACUGCGUGUCGCCCUACGCGCUGCCCACGCCGCUGGCGAUGAAGGCGUUCGGCAUGGGGGAGGAGGAGCUUUCGGACAACAUGGAGGAGCACGCUACGCUCAAGGGGGUGAGGCUCAAGGCGGAGGACGUGGCGGAGGCGGUGGUGUACCUGGCCAGCGACGAGUCCCGAUACGUGAAUGGGCUCAACCUUCUUGCGGACGGGGGGUU